AACCUGUGUGACGUCAUCCAGGCAAGAAAUGGGUUGAUAAAGUACGAAGAGUGCAUUAUUGCCUUGAUGAAUGCUGAUUAGGGUGUCCAACAAAUUGUGCGAGAGAGAAGCCUAUUUCUCAAUUUAUCACCUUGGACGAUAAAUACGAUUGAAAAACGAUUAAACAAGUUCUUAGAUACCAGAAUAACCCCCCUUUUUGGAGAGUUUGGUGAUUUAGUUAACGUUUACCAUUUGAAAUAGCCUGACACGUCUACCAAAGGACACGUCUAUUGAGAGACACAUCUUCUGAAAGCUAAGACACGUCUACCCGGGACACGUCUAAAGAGGAUAAUCGUGUGGGCCGAUUGAACAAUAUGCUAAUCAAACCCACAUAAACUGUGAAUACGAGGGUGGCUCAAGAAGAUUUGAGGAUAGGUCGAUAUGACGGGAACUUACGGCCCAUAUUCGAUCUACGUUUUGGGAUGUGAGGGCGUCGGGAAGACAGCGAUCGUUGUACGUUAUUUGACAAAACGUUUCCUCCCCGAAUAUUGCCAUGCAGAUAAUACAGUGUACGAGCGUCUAGUUGUAGUCGAUGACAAACCAGUCCAACUGAAGAUCCAUAACCCAACAGGAAAGGGUAUGAGAUCUAAACUUCAAGAAAAAUCAACGUUUACAAAAACAGAUGGUUUUAUAGUGGCAUAUGACAUUACAAACAGAGCAAGCUUCGAGGGAGCUAUGGACAUUUUGGAUAUUAUCAAACGUGAAACUAAAUCGGAUAGAUCCAAAGAGAGGGCGCCACCUACAAUACUUGUGGGUACUAAAACUGAUCUCAAUCAUUUAAGGAAAGUGUCGUCUGCGGAGGCGCAUAGAUGUUGCUGGAGUUACGUCUGCUGCACCUUCCAGGAAUGCUCUGCAGCCUCGUGGUCCUCGGAGGUUGAACAAAUAUUCCUCAGCCUCAUACGUAAAAUGAUGGAGAAGAAUAUUGGAACACCAAAGAGACGGAGGAAGAUUUCAGCAGGAGCUAUGAUGAACUCUGGGAUGAGACCCACCCUUCCACAGGUAGAGAACCUUAGGAAAGACACGAUACAACGGCGUUUCAGCUCUCUUAUUGCGCCCAUUCUGAGAGACAGGACUUCUAGCAUGUCAGACGAUAAAGUGGAAGAUGCGACUCAGAUGUCGCAUAAAUCAAUUUCUUGUUUUCAUUCGGAAUCGGUGAAUUGGAAAUCCUGUCGGUUCACAACUGUGUUUUGGGUUGGAUUUGCGGGAGUAACGGUCAGCUCGGGAAUAAUAAACAAGAUGGGUCUUGGAGGAUGUUACAGUUGCAUCAAAUACUUGAUGUUCGCAUUCAACUUCCUUUUCUGGCUAGUUGGAUGUGCCAUACUAGGUGUUGCGAUUUGGGUUCGCGUAGAUCCUGAUUUCAAGAAAUAUGUUGAGGGUAACUUCGAGCAACUCUACACAGGAGCGUAUAUCUUGAUGGGUAUAGGAGUUCUCAUUAUGAUCAUAGGAUUCUUGGGAUGCUGUGGUGCUAUUAAAGAGAGCCAGUGCAUGCUUGCAACGUUUUUCGUUUUGCUGUUCCUAAUUUUUGCCAUCCUGGUAGCAGCUGGUGUUUAUGCCUUAGUCCAACAAGAUGAUUUGAAGAGUGAGGUCAAUAAGGUUCUUCAGGGACGUGUUGCUGACUACCACCAGAAUGAGGGAUCAAAAACAUUUAUGGACAACAUUCAAGUGAAUUUCAAAUGCUGUGGGGCUUCCGCAGGAUCAGGUGAUUAUCUCCUGACAGGAGUCAAGGAUCUUUUUGGUGGAAACAAAGUUGGCGGAAUUCCAGAAACUUGCGGCGAUAUCGUUCAACAAGUCAAGCCUUGCACUCAACAGAUGUUUGACUUUCUCAAGGAACAUGUAAUCAUCAUUGCUGGAGUUGCCAUAGGAAUUGGUGUUGUAAUGGUACUUGGUAUGACCUUUUCCUGCUUGCUGUGUUGUGUGAUACGACGGGCAGAAAGCCACACUGUGUAG